AUGCUUGUCGGAAAGACUCCAUUCCAUGCUGAAUCAGAGUACCUGGUGUUCGAGCGGAUCCAGAAUGCUGACUACAAGUUCCCUGAGGACAUGAAUCGGGAGGCGCAAAUGCUGACAGAGGCCUUGCUGUCCAAAGUGCCGCAGAGACGUCCAGGUGCAGAGGGCAUUGGCGAGCUGCAAAGGCAUCCGUUCUUUGGUGGCUCCCAGGCAAGCUUUGACGAGCUUCGCAGAACCGAUGACAAACUGCUGGCUGCGAAGCUGCACAUUGCAGGCAAACUCCUCCUCCACGGAUCACACGCUUGGACAGGAGGCGUGGUCAAGACCUUGGCGGGGGCCUUAAAUCGCAGCGAGUCAGAUAGUCCGGUCAGGUUGACCACUGCGUGGAGCACAGUGCAGCUGGGUCGCGGUGAUAUGUCGUUGCAAGCUGUGGAAAGCCCUCCUGGGAUAGCGCCAGUGGGACUUUCCAGCGUAUCUCUGGCCUGGCGGCCUGGAUCCAGCGCGAGCAAAGCAUCUCAGGUACUUGAGCCCAGCUGCUCAGGUGAGGUCCUUUUGGAGGUCAGAUGGCUGGCACAUCAACUACAAGAUCCCAUUGAGGAGCUCAGCGAUCACGCCGCGUGGCUCUUGCUUGGCCUUCUGCAAGGGCAUUGCUCGUCUUUCAAUGAUGCCUUGGUGUGGCUACGGCCCAAUGCCCGGCGGCAGGUGAUGUCGCAUCUCAUCAUCAAGUGUUUUCCUCCAGACCAACUCUUGAGGUGGUCGGACUUGGACGGUGAAGCAGAAGGCAUCGCAGCUGCGAUCGUCUUGAAGGGCAGCUUGCAACUGCUGGGUGCAGCACCUGGUCAGGAGGUGGAGCUACCUGCGGGAGGUGAACUUCCAUUGUGCCGUGCGGCCUGUGGUUCACAAGGAGCCGAGGUGCUAGUCAUGCUGCAGAAGAGUCUGCAAGAGGCAGCUGAGCUGGAAGAACGACAGGAGACACUGCGCUUGGCUGCCAGAGAGGUGUUGUACAAGACGGAGAGGAUGGCCCGAGGAAUCGCAGAUUUGCAGGUGCUGAGGAGAUACUUGGAUACUUUGCCCCUUUUCCAUGACCUUCCAGACGAGAACUUGUUGCGGCUGUGCCAACACCUGCAGCUGCUUCCUACAAUUCAGCAAGGUGAACGUCUUCUGCAGGCGCAUCAUACUGCUGACGGUCUUCGCCUGCUGUUGCGUGGUACAGCAGCUGCCUCUAUAGGCAGGUCAACAGAGCCACCCUUGCCGCUGUGGUGCCACCAAGCGUGGUUCUGUGAAGAUGCUGCGAUUUGGCCUUGGGAGUUUUUUGCCGAUAGCGUGCGCGUUGCAGAUGUGGUUGCCAUUGAGGACUGUGAUGUGCUUUUUUUGCCUCGUGCCGAGUGCAGCGUCUUGCCCAUCGGCAGCGACAUGGUUCGGAGCUGUUUCAGUCAAAUUGUUGCUCUGAAAUCCUCAGGACCGGAGGCUGUGCUCCGACGUCGGGCGCUGUUGGUGCCAAAUUCCCCAUUGAUACAGGCACAGGAGGAGUACUGGAGCAAACUUAUGCAGAUGGAUCGUGAUGUUUCGAACAAGAUUUCACAACAGUUGAUCUCUCUACCUUCACUGGAGCCUCAAAGGCCUCUGGCGCUGGAAGCAGGUGAACAUCCCUAUCACCCAAGCCCACCAGGAAGCAACAAUGCGAGCAUACGUCCAGGUGCAAGCACCAGCUUCUCAGGCAUCGAGGUAGCAUCUCUGAUGAGGAUACCCAGCUGCGAGUUGGAGGAGGAGGACGUCGGGGUCAACCAGUGCUACGCCUAUGGAGCCAUUUUAGAUUGGGCAGAAGGUAUGACUCGGUCAUUGCUGCCAGGCAUCCAUGGAGCGCUGAGGCCAGCCUUGCAACUCCUGCCACGGCGCAAGCGGCAGCAGCUGGGCCCCUGUACCCAGUUGCUCCAGCUGUGUCCCGGGCAGCUGCUUCGACAUCCAGGCCGACAGAGCAUCAAGGUGCUCUUGAGCGGCGAGCUGGGACAUUUCGAGGCCUCGCGAGAUCUUCAGCUGCCCAGAGCCAUGUUGAAGGCGAUGCCCACGGCCGUGGAACGUCGCUUUCUGUCCCAGGGGAUUCCCAUCACGGAGCAUGCCAAAGGCUGGCUGCAGGACCUGGCAUUGGACCAUGCUGAUGCAGAGGAUCCGGUGGCCCCGGGUGCCUUGAGUGGCCUGGCUGAUGCUGUGCUUCAGGUGGCCCAAAGACGUUUCAAGGAGCUGAAAUGUCCUGGGGAAGAUGUUCGAAGCUUUGUGAGCAGUGCGUUUUUGGACCGGAAGCUUCUUGGAGAAAAAGCAGUUUGGGUGGAAAAGGACCUCGAGCUCCUGGCGAUGCGAAGGUCUGCAGGCGCCCUGGCGAUCCAGACUUUAUCGACAGAGGCCUAUGUUGACAUCUCGGAGAUUGGUCAGAUGAAACGAGUCUACAGGCCUGGUGAACGCAUUUCUGCCGCCAAUGACACGGAAUUUGUUGCUCUGACAAGCGCAGACAUCCUAAUCUUGGAUCCUUCAGCACUUCUUGCAGACACAGAGGAUUCUGUGGUGAUCCCAUCGCAGACGCGAUCCCAUCACGGCUUUGGCAGAGUCUUCAGCAUCAAGGAGCUGUUCAGAUUGGGCAAGCUGCUGCGUCGCAUCGAGGCCUUUGAGGGACUGGAGUGUCGCUCCCUGGUUGAUGUGUGUCACAGUGCCUUACAUUUUGAAACCGUUGAUGUUGGGCAACACAUUUGCCGUGAAGGACAAGAGGCCACUGGAUUCUUCGAGAUCCUUGGAGGCACAGCUUCCUCAUCUUCAAAUGGUGCCUUUCUCUUUCAGCUUCGGGAGGGCAGUGCAGUUGGAGAAGACGUUUUGUUAGAGCAGGACAUUUUUCCAUGGCCUUUUUCAGUGGUGGCAGAGACGUCUGUGGAGAUCGUUUGGGUCGAUGCCAAACUCUUCAAGGAGUCCUGCCUGGAUCUCUCGGGGCGACGUGCUGCCCGGCGCCGGAUGGUGGAGGCAGCUGACUGGAGGUUGGAGGAGCGGACUGAAGAUUUCGAAGCUUUCUUGCAGACGCUUAAGGUUCCUCUCCUGAAAGCGUGCGAUAAAGAGCUUUGCUUUGAGCUGUUGAAGCAGGCCAACAUGGUGCAGAUCCCAGCGGGAGGACAGGUCGUCGAGAUGCUUGAAGGAGAUUCGGCACCGCUCUACAUCAUCCUGAAGGGUGCCAUCGGCCGCUAUGCGGUGGAGGUGCCGGAUGAAGCGACAGAGGACAUUGGUGACUCGAAUGUUCCGAUGGAGCAUUUGGAAGAUGCCAAGCGACAAAGUGAGGAGAUUGCCUCGAAGCGUCGUCGUUUGGUCAAAGCCACUGAGGAACUCGAAGAGUUGAAAUCCAGGCAUCGCCGUGUGGCCCCUUUGGAUCGACCCCUGCAGGAGAGUCUCCGAGUACAUUUCUUGAUGAAGCUUGUGACGGAGCUUUCUGGAGAGUUGCAGGCCUUGCCCGAGGCGGAUCUACCAGAGCGAAGAGGGGAGGCGCUGCGGGAGCCUAUAGAUAGCCAUACCGCAGCAGAUGGCAAGGUGCACGGCGCUGGAGUGUUCCUGACUUCACCAGUUGAUGCUGACCUUCCCGACGAGUCUGACGAGUUGGAGGACCUUCUGGACAAAGCUGUGGCGGAAUACUACGAGGGCGACAGCUUCGGAUGGGAAGCUGCCAGUGCCGCUUGCCGCUACGUAGCUCAUCAGGAUGCGGCGCUGCUGGUGCUGCGCCAUGAUGACCUUCAGUGUGCAGAGGAGCUCUGCGAGGGCCGGCGGAGGCAGCAACGAGGGCAGUUUCUCCAGCGUUGCCUGGGGGAUGAAGAUGUGGCUAUGCGCUUGCUGCCCCUCUUCCGGGAGGAGCGCAGUCAUAGAGGCACAGUCCUUGUGAAGGCUGGAUCUGUUCCCACCAGCCUUUGGCUCAUCUUAUCCGGCAGCUGCUCACAAGUGAAAGAAGUAGAAUCCAAAGAGACUCAUGGAAGGUUUCGGCGCACUUCCCUGGGGGUAUUGCAAGAAGGGCAGUUUGUGGGGUUGACCUCUCUCCUACUGCAGCAGCCCGAGCCCUUGACCGUCAUCUGUGCAACAGAGGUUCAGCUGCUGCGAGCGGACAACCUCUCACCAGCCAAGCUGACUCCCAAGGUCAUUGAGGUUCUAAAGAGUGCCUUGCGACAGAAGGGUGCAUGGCUGUCCCAGCGUCUUGAGACUUUAGCUGAGCUCCCGGCCAAGCUUGAUGCGAAGGCGGAACGUCUUCGCCGCGAGCUGUACGAGGCCAGGGUGCCACUGGUCUCCGACUCGCCUGACUCGCCGUUGCCCGUGGUUGAAACUAUCAUCUACUGGGCACCGCUGUUCGACUCACCUCUAACGCAGCAUCUUGGCAGCUGGAAGCUGUUUGGAUAUCCCCUGACAGAACUUGGCAUCCUAUUGGGGUUCAAACUCAGCACUUCUUUUUGGACACGGUUGGGCUUAGGAUCGCUUAGGCUUUGCUGCUUCUUGCAUCACUCUGGGGCCUACGAUUCUAGGAAUUUCUGA